CCGGCAGAUUCCCCGUCCUCGCCCCCCCUCCCCCGCCUUAAAACGCCCGCCAUUCAUCCGUUUCCCACUGCCCUCCGCCUCCGCGGCUCUCUCCUCCUCUCCCCGACCCCGUCCCCGCCGCCGCCGCCGCACCAAAGGAGCACGGACGGGCAUGGGGAUCGUGGAGGAGGCGCACAACCUGCGCGUGGUGGGCGAGGGCAAGCGCGGGGUCAUCGUGCUGGCGCACGGCUUCGGCACCGACCAGUCCGUCUGGAAGCACCUGGUCCCGCACCUCGUCGCCGACUACCGCGUCGUGCUCUUCGACACCAUGGGCGCCGGGCCCACCAACCCGGACUACUUCGACUUCGCCCGCUACGCCACGCUCGAGGGCUACGCGCUCGACCUCCUCGCCAUCCUCCAGGAGCUCGGCGUCCAGUCCUGCAUCUACGUCGGCCACUCCGUCUCCGCCGUCAUCGGCGCGCUCGCCUCCAUCUCAAGGCCCGACCUCUUCACAAAGCUCGUCCUACUCUCCGCGUCCCCAAGGUACCUCAAUGAUGUGGACUACUAUGGCGGGUUUGAACAAGAUGAGCUUGAUGAGCUGUUUGAGGCGAUGCGAUCAAACUACAAGGCCUGGUGCUCAGGUUUUGCACCCCUGUGUGUUGGAGGAGAUAUGGAAUCAGUGGCAGUUCAGGAGUUUAGCAGGACACUCUUCAAUAUACGCCCAGACAUUGCACUUAGUGUUGCCCAGACGAUCUUCCAGAGCGACGUGCGCAGCCUCCUCCCGCUUGUUAGUGUCCCAUGCCACAUAAUUCAGAGCACCAAGGAUCUUGCGGUGCCAGUUGUGGUGUCUGAGUACCUGCACAAGCACCUCGGUGGCGACUCCAUUGUAGAGGUGAUGCCCUCUGAAGGCCAUCUCCCCCAGCUGAGCUCUCCAGACAUUGUAAUCCCUGUCUUACUCCGGCACAUUCAGCAUGAUAUUGCAGUCUAGGCAGGUUGGCCGAUCAUUCCUCCAAGGCAAUGGGCAUCCGAAGCUGUCUACGGUCUCUUUGUAUCUCACUUAAUUGUUCAACGUAGGAUUCACAUCUAUUUGAUGUUCUAAUAAGGUUUGAAAGGUGUUAUGUAGUGUUGGCGGUGGAAAUUGUAGCAUAUAUGUCUGUGUAGUCCAUUGGCCGUCUAAUGUAGGCUACCAUGUUGGAUGCUCUGACAUCUUAAGUCCUUCAGAAACUCUUCAUGUCAUGUCAUUUGUGUUUUUUUUUCCAUGAACCUGAAUGUACAACCUUGUUGUAUAUGUUGGUGUGGUGAUCAUAAUUUUGGGCUGUAGGAUGUGCUUAUAUGUAGCUCUGGGCUUCUUUGUGAAGGAGAUAGAUUGGGCCAAAUUAGGAAGGAACUCCUUCCAUAUAUCAAAGAGAAAAAAAACAACAUAUGUAAUUGCAAAUUUGUCAA